AGGCCCGAGGGGCUGGGGGAGGGAGACAAUGGGCCGGUUCCUGGUGCGUCACCCCGGAGUUCCUUAAAGGGGAAGCGAGCGAGGCAGCGGGCGGCGCGGGUGCGGUGGCGGAAGGCCCCGCGCGCUAGGAGGAUGCCUGCGGCCUCCGCGAGACCAUGCAAUGGCGAGCGCUCGUCCUGGGGCUGCUGCUCCUGCGGCUUGGCCUCCAAGGAGCGCUAUGGCUCGUCUUCGGGCUGGGGCCCAGCAUGGGCUUCUACCAGCGCUUCCCGCUCAGCUUCAGCUUCCAACGCUUGACGGGCCCCGACGGCCCUGCGUCUCCCGCCCCUGAGCCGGCGGACGAGCCCGGGACCCCCGGGGACCCGACGGGGCCGUCGUGGCUGCAGUCGCCGGGUCCCCGGUCGCCGGCGGGGCGGCAGCGGGCCCCGCGGCGACCGCGGCCCGGCGUGUGCGGCCCAGCGCACUGGGGAGACGUGCUGGGCGGCCGUGGCCGCGGCCCGGACGAGUACGAGCGGCGCUAUAGCGGCGCCUUCCCGCCGCAGCUGCGUGCCCAGAUGCGCGACCUGGCGCGGGGCAUGUUCGUCUUCGGCUACGACAACUACAUGGCGCACGCCUUUCCGCAGGACGAGCUCAACCCCAUAGAUUGCCGCGGCCGUGGGCCUGACCGCGGAGACCCCUCCAACCUGAACAUCAACGACGUCCUGGGCAACUACUCGCUGACGCUGGUGGACGCGCUGGACACGCUCGCGAUAAUGGGAAAUUCAUCCGAGUUCCAGAAAGCAGUCAAGUUAGUGAUCAACACAGUCUCAUUCGACAAGGAUUCCACCGUCCAAGUCUUUGAGGCCACCAUAAGGGUCCUGGGGAGCCUGCUCUCGGCCCACAGGAUAAUCACGGACGCCAAGCAGCCCUUCGGGGACAUGGCGGUCGAGGACUACGACGACGAGCUGCUGCACAUGGCCCGCGACCUGGCCGUGCGGCUGCUGCCGGCCUUCGAGAACACCAGGACGGGCAUCCCCUACCCCCGGGUGAACCUGCAGACGGGCGUCCCUCCCGACAGCAACAACGAGACCUGCACGGCCGGAGCCGGCUCCCUGCUGGUGGAGUUCGGGAUCCUGAGCCGGCUGCUGGGGGACUCCACCUUCGAGUGGGUGGCCCGGCGGGCCGUGAAAGCCCUUUGGAGCCUCCGGAGCAACGACACAGGGUUAUUAGGCAACGUGGUCAACAUCCAGACGGGCCACUGGGUGGGGAAGCAGAGCGGCUUGGGGGCCGGGCUGGACUCCUUCUACGAGUACCUCCUGAAGUCCUACAUCCUCUUCGGCGAGAAAGAAGACCUGGACAUGUUCAACGCCGCCUACCGGAGCAUCCGGAACUACCUGCGCAGAGGUCGGGAAGCCUGCAACGAGGGGGAAGGAGACCCGCCGCUCUACGUGAACGUGAACAUGUUCAGCGGGCAGCUGAUGAACACGUGGAUCGACUCCCUGCAGGCCUUCUUCCCCGGGCUGCAGGUGCUGAUGGGGGACGUGGAGGACGCCAUCUGCCUGCACGCCUUCUACUACGCCAUCUGGAAGCGGUACGGCGCCCUGCCCGAGCGGUACAACUGGCAGCUGCAGGCCCCGGACGUGCUCUUCUACCCGCUGAGGCCCGAGCUGGUGGAGUCCACGUACCUGCUCUACCAGGCGACCAAGAACCCCUUCUACCUGCACGUGGGCAUGGACAUCCUGCAGAGUCUGGAGAAGCACACGAAGGUCAAGUGCGGGUACGCCACGCUGCACCACGUCAUCGACAAGUCCAAGGAGGACCGCAUGGAGAGCUUCUUCCUCAGCGAGACCUGCAAAUACCUGUACCUGCUCUUCGACGAGGAGAACCCGGUGCACAAGUCCGGGACCAGGUACAUGUUCACGACCGAGGGGCACAUCGUGUCUGUCGACCAGCACCUGCGCGAGGCCCCGUGGAAGGAGCUGUUCCCCGAGGAGGGCGGGCGGGGCCCCGCGGGGAAGCCGGCGCGCAGGCCCAAGUCCCACGACGUGAACGUCGUCAACUCCAGCUCCAACUGCAACCGCGUGCCCGACGAGAGGAGGUACUCGCUGCCCCUGAAGAGCGUCUACAUGCGGCAGAUCGACCAGAUGGUCGGCCUCCUCUGAGCCGCGCCCCGGCCCCGACCCGGCCCCCACGCCGAGCCAGGCCCUGCGGGCGGUCUGCGGCCCCCACCCCGCGGGCCCGGGGCCCCGCCCGGCCCUCACCCACGUCCGGCAGAGUCUCGCUCACGUCGCUGUUUCUCCGUUCAAUAAAGUGCCCGUGUUUCUUAAGGACGCAGUUUGCGGUGAGCGGGUCCGCGGAAGGUGCCUCCCGCUGACCGCGCCGAUGCCACUCGGCGCAGCGCACGGGCGGCUCCGACGGACCCUCGCCGCCCCGUCCCGGGGGUCCUGCCGCGGGCGCGGUUUCCGCGAAAGGGCCUGCGGUUGACCGCACUUUGUCCUCCUGUGUCCCUCUCACCUGACAGCGGGGCUCUCCUCCCGAAGCCCCCGUGAUUCUGAGUCCCCUGGGGGAGGAUCCCCCAGUUACCCGUUUGCACCCCAGUAACCCCUGCAGCAUUACCGGGGGUUUGCUUGCAGGGGCCGCGCUGUCCGGGUCCCGGCAGGGGGUGUCUCGCGCUGCCUCGGCGGCUGUGUUUUGUACCAAGGGGGGCUCACUGGGGAGCCGCCCCGGUCCGGGACCAUGUGCCUUUCGGGGGGCGGGGGAGGAACCCCUAAGGUUGCCUGAGCUUCCGUCUGCCUCACCUUUACUGCUGACCAAGGCGUCUCCAUUCUGACCGUGUGCAGGUCAGGGUCCGGCUUUGUGUCCUGUGUCCUGUGUCCGGUGCCGGUGCGCCGGGUCCUCUGGGCCGGGAGGCGACUUCCCGCUCCUGUGUCCCGAGCCGUGUCUCCGUCGUGCAGGCUGGGCCUCGUGCUGUGUGGCUUCAGGCUGGGCCGCUGGCUGUUCCGUGGCCGCUCUGGGCCCGAGGCGUGUUCUGAGCCCUUCCUCCUUGAGGCCUGGGAGCGGUGGGCGGGGCGGCGGCAGUUCCCCAGAUUCCGGAAACCUCCCGCCGGGCAGUCGGUGCCUUUCCGCCGGGCAUUUGCAGCAGCGCCUUCUCCCUCCCUCCCUUCCCUUCCUCCUCCCUCCCUCCCUCCGCCAGAGCGAGAGAGUCCCUCUCUGAGCCGGUGCGGGGCGCUCCUGCGGAGAUGGGUGCGAGCCCCUCACCUCGCGCUGUCUCGUGGCUGUCUGUCCGUCCAUCUGACGGGGGCCGAGCCCUGAGUGAGCCAAAGGGACACAUUGUACUCCUUCCUGAAAACUUGUUACUGUUUUUUAAAAGAGAUGUAGGAUUUAGUUCGCUGAGGUUUUUUAAAGGGUAUUUUUCAGUAACAAUGUAUCACCUCCAUCUUUUAAAUGUUUACUCUGCCAGUUUUAAAGUAAAAGAGUCAAAUGCUUCUGUUUUACCUCUUUUUUUUUUUUCCAUUUCAGAAGCAUUCCGUUUAUCAACACUGUCUCGUCUACUGAAUAGAGAAUUUUCUUGUUUUCGUUGGCCCGGGAAAACCGGAGUGUCUCACUCCAGACCCGCGCACCGCGGGCAGGGGCGCCCCGGUAGCUCUCCCCUGGCAAACCGGGGAGAGACUCUCCUGACCCUGGGGAGCAUGGGCCACGCGGGGCCGGGGAGCAGGCCCCUCGGGCGUCCUCUCCCCCUGCCACCCCGGCUUUCCUCCUGGCUCCCGUGACACCCCCAGCGCCCCACGGCCCCCUCGGGGCCGGGCCGUGCCCGCCGGUCUCUGGCCACCCCGCUGGCCCGUGUCCGUGGAUUUUGGGCCCGGAGGGCCUGCUCAGGGCAGAGUCAGACAUCCCCUCACUCCCCGCCAAGGGCGGGACCAUCACAGAGUGGGGUGUCGCUGCUGCUGCUGCAGGUGACGGGGCGGGAACGCCCCCCCUGGAGUUCUGGGGCCUGGAGGUGACCCUCUGGAAACCCAGCCGCCGGCACCACCUCUGCCCUGCAGGCCGCCCGGCUGGGUGCACAGAGGCUGCACUGACGGGGGCGCGGGUGCACGUGGGAUCCCCGUUCUCGGUGUUGGUGCCUGGGCGGUGACGGCAGCUGCCAGCCUCGGACCUGGCGGGGCAAGUGCUGCCGUGCGGCGGGAGGGCUGGGCCCGGUCACCCCCUUCCCGAGCGCUCUCUCCCCUUGGCCCAGGGUGCGGGGUGACCCAGGACUGGCGUGAGUCUGACUGGCCUUUCUUCCGUGGGGCCCGGGGCUCUCCCCCUCCAUGCCCUCCAGUUCCGCACUGGCCGCCUUGCCGGAGCGGCGGGACCUUCAACCUUCCUCUUUCCUCUUCCGUCUGGCCCCGCCCACCGUGCCCUGGGGCCUCUCCCCCGCAGGGGGUGCUCCUGGGGCCGAGGGGGUGGGCGGCCGGCCAGCCUCCCUGCCUGUGCCCGGCUCAGGGUUCCCGUCCCGCUGGGACGUGUGGGCGCGGGUGGUGACAGCGUUCGGUGCCUGUGGACCUGCCCCGGGCGGAGCCCCGCCCCUCCCACGGGGGCAGAGGGUGGUUUUCAACGUAUUUUGUGGUCAUUUUAAUAGCAAAACACAAGCUGCAUUUUUAUUUAUUAUGCACAAGAAAAGUAAACCUGUUUUUUUUUUUAAGCAAUCUGCAGUCGGAAGCUCUGGAAAACCUACAGAAAUACACAAACGCUUCUCUGUAAUGUGCAAUAUGCUUGGCAACUAGAGAUGAUGUUUUACAUCUAAUCUGUAAAUAAGAAGUGUAUUUAAAUUAAAAGGGAGCUUUUUGUAAAAGGACCAAAUGUUCUUUUAUAAAUGUACUGAGAAAUAUCUUGCUCUUUGAGAUUUAUCGGGAUUUUAUGAGCAAUUUUUAUUAAAAGAUCCUUUUCUGA